CUCUCCAGGUCUUUAGCUGUUGGAACCAAAUCAGGCUACAAGUUCUUCUCCCUAUCGUCUGUGGACAAGUUGGAGCAGAUUUAUGAAUGUACGGACACAGAGGAUGUGUGUAUUGUAGAGCGUCUGUUCAGCAGUAGUCUGGUGGCGAUCGUCAGUCUGAAGGCUCCUAGGAAGCUGAAGGUCUGUCACUUCAAGAAAGGAACGGAGAUCUGUAACUAUAGUUACAGUAACACUAUACUGGCUGUCAAGCUCAACAGACAGAGGCUGAUAGUAUGUCUGGAGGAAUCUCUGUACAUCCACAACAUCAGAGACAUGAAGGUCCUGCACACCAUCAGAGAGACACCUCCCAACCCCUCAGGGUUGUGUGCUCUCUCCAUCAGUAAUGAUAACUGUUACCUGGCCUACCCCGGCAGUGCUACAAUAGGAGAGGUCCAGGUGUUUGACGCGGUCAACCUGAGGGCGGCCAACAUGAUCCCAGCCCAUGACAGUCCAUUAGCAGCUGUGGUGUUUGAUGCUAGCGGAACCAAACUGGCCACAGCCUCGGAGAAGGGUACGGUGAUUCGUGUGUUCUCCAUCCCUGAGGGACAGAAACUGUUUGAGUUCCGUCGAGGAGUCAAAAGGUGUGUAUCUAUCUGUUCCCUGGCCUUCAGUAUGGAAGGCCUCUACCUAUCAGCAUCCAGUAACACGGAGACGGUCCACAUCUUCAAACUAGAGACGCAGAAAGAGAAGCCAACA